AAAUAAAAUAAAAAAACCUGGACUGCGCCACAAGGAGCAUGAAUAACGCUUUGUUUCUUUGAGAGCUCAUAGGCAGGCAUUCUCGUAGACAACCGCUCCUGCGUGACGUCAUCCAGAUUGCGCGUCGCCGCGAGGGCUUUCCAGUCGAGCGACGCCGUGGUCCGCAAAAUGGCGGCGCCCAUACUGAGCGCUGCGCUGCAUGGACUACGGAAUGCUAGACCUUUUAGUACUUCUGGUGAGUGACGGCUGUCUCCUUUCCACACUGGAGGAGGAUGAUGGAGGGAGGGGCGGAGGAGCGGGGGCAGGAAGCCGUUAGCCUGCUCUUUUUUAGGGUAGCUUGUCCUCCGCUACUGAUGGACUCGAGACGCUUAAGUUCUCUCUAGCCCCGAUAAUUUAGGAAUCCGAGGGCAAAUGUUUUUGGACGCCUGAGUUUUGUAUCUGAUAGUUGUGUUGUGCCGUGAAUGGCCAAUAUAAUAGUCAACUCCCAUGCAAACCUAUAUGAGCUCAGAGGAUGGAUAGCUGUGGAAUAUAUUCAUGUUAUGAGGAAGCAGCACAUUUUCUGACUUGGCAAGAAAUCAGUUUAGUCUUCUUUGCAUCUUUGAAAAUAUAUGAAGAAACACAAAAAGUGGUAUGCCACUCUCAUUUUGCACAUUCAGUAGUGAAGCUUCAAACAUAGUUUACUGCCCCAAAGUCUGAUUCAUUCGUUUCCGCCCCAUCUGCUGUUGGAACAGAAAGGUGGAAAUGCAAUUGGACACAAGUUUUUGUAAGUGUUUUAAGUAUAAAACACGUCUGCGUAUUGCCAUCACUUUUGUGUCUGCAGUGUUUACUAGUGUUUCUUCUCUCCCCACACCCAUUACUUCUGCUUUUGUUUGAAUGGGACAGGUUCAAAUAAAAUGUUGACCAAACCUUCUAUACUUUUUUUGCUAAUUUAUUUUAGCUGUUCUCUGGAAAGUGGGAGUACCUCUCGGGCCAAUGCCUAAUGAAGAUAUUGAUGUUAGUAAAUUGGAGGUGCUAGAAAAGUACCGUGUCUUCACUCGCUACUUCAAGGAAGCAGAGAAAGCACAAAAGAAACCUAAGUGGUGGAAAACCUACAGGCAAUAUGUCACUCCAAAGCAAGGUAUGUGUGCUUUUGGGGGGCAAGUGCCUGAAUGCCAAGUACAGGGAGAAAAGUAAAGCAGGGCUAUCACAUUGUCUCUGCUGAUAGACUGUCACCUCGCAGCAGCCAUUCCAUUUGACUAUCUGAACAGUUUCAGUCCCAUGUGGUCACUGUAAGAAUGGUGACUUUUAAAAACCAGUGCCUGACCCUGUUGUUUGCCUCCUUCCUCUCCCUCCUUUUAGAUGAGUGUGAGAGCAGAGACUGUCUUACUACUGAUCUUGUGAACUGCUUUAGGAGCUUUUUUGACUGAAGAGUGGGAGUGAAAAUAUUAUGACCUCGUCCCUGAGUAAACGAGCAUAGAAUUGAGAGCAAAUUACAUGCCUAUACAUUGGUACCUCGGGUUAAGAACUUAACUCAUUCUGGAAGUCAGUUCUUAACCUGAAACUGUUCUUAACCUGAACCACCACUUUAGCUAAUGGGGCCUCCUGCUGCCGCUGUGUCGCUGCUGCACGAUUUCUGUUCUCAUCCUGAAGCAACGUUCUUAACCCAAGGUACCUUAACACUAUUUCUUAACACUAUUUUUGGGUUAGCGGAGUCUGUAACCUGAAGCGUCUGUAACCCUAGGUACCACUAUAUUCAAUUGAGUGGGAGCACAGGAGAAAGGUAACAAAAGGCAAUAAAAAGUGACUGUUCACCUUUUGUUGUUAAACUUUAAAGAGAAACAGAACUGCCCAUAGUGUUCACUAAGGAAAGCUACUGAACUGGAAACACACAGCCUUGUAGUGAGCCUGAGUAAUGGUUUUUUUCAUUCAUUUUAAAGAGUUAUACAUGCACAUAUGUGGGUGUACUGGGGUCCUGCUGCAGAUUGGAGGUGCUCAAUAAGUGCCAAGUCUUAAUGGGGACACUUUCUACUUACCUCGGGAUAUCAGGUAACUUUUAAGCUUUGCGAGUAUUAAGCAACACCAUAAGGCAAGGCAUGAGCCACCCAAUUUCCCAGUCAUUUAUAGUUUGUCCCUUAGCGAAACCAGAGGCAGAAAGUAUGUCAUGAGACUUCCUUUAUGUUUUCUCUGUUUUUCUAAAAACUAUAGAUGAAGAGGCAAAGAUCGACAUUGGGCUACCUUAUUUUCCGCCACCAUGGAAAAAAACACUUAAGGAGAGAAAAGCUAUAAUGAAACAGAAUCGAGUGGAAUUGGAAAGAGCAUCCCGCCUACGGAAAUGUAUGUUGGUCACAGCUCCCGCCUCAUUUAUUCCUUUUCUCUUCACUAAAGCUUUUCCACUCAGUAUUUCACAGUGCUGUGUUUCUGUUUGCAGUGUUGAUUCCCCUUGAUGAUGUAAGAGCUGAAUGGGAGAGAACCUUUGGCCCAUCCCACAGGCAGCGAGUGGCAGAACACUAUGGACUGUACCGGGACUUGUUUGAUGAUGCCUUCUUUGUUCCCCAAGUUCCUUUAAGGGUGGAAUACAAUCAGGAUGAUGAAUAUGUUAUGCCAGUUUACCAUGGGAAUAUGGUGACACCCACAGAGGUAUUGUACCAAAUGUAUAAGCUUUGAGGGGAAGAAUAUCCUGUUCUUUUUUUUUUAACCACAACUCAUCUAGUAAGCAUUUUGAGAAAACAGAUUCUCUUGAGUACUUUGCCAACUGUUUUGUUCUCCCCCACCCACUCAAUGGUAUAUACCAACAGCUUCAUUAGUCUAAUUGUUGUGAUGUUUAUUUAUAGGUACAGUGUUCAUCAGACUUAAUUUCCCGCUUAAUGUAGGCAACUAAUCUGGGAGUCUGUUUACACCAAGUCAUUUUUUUAACUUCAGAAUUUUCAUGACUCAUAGUGAUAAUUAGCAUUCUUUGUGGUAUUGGUCCUCUUCUGUCUGGCUCUAUUGAAUGUAAUUUUACCUUAUUCAUUCUUGAUUAUUAAAAAAGCUAUAUAUUAUAUGCCAUUUUCCCCUCUUCCUUCUGGAAAAGAGGAUGUUUUCCUAUAUCCCUUUUUGGUGAGACCCCUGAAGUCGCUUCAGUGUGUAAUAUCUGUGUAGCAAAUCCUGUAUGCCAGUAGCAAAUCCUGAUCUUCAGGCUAUUUUUAAAUAUUUUUUUAAAAGUCAAAAGUCUCUUGUUCUCCGCUUUUGUCAGUUAUUAGUUUGAUAUUAAAGCAUGCCCAUUUUUAUGAUCUUUCUGCAAAGAUAAUAAUUGUAACUAGUGUGAAUUGUCUAGAUCUGGCUGGACUGAUAGAAGCUGGCAAACAAAAGAUGGGGUGAAAUUUAAACUAAUCAUAUUUGGGAGCAUAGGCAAAAGUCUUGGCUACUUUGUAAUCAUUGCUGUAUUUUUCUGUUUAGGCUUUUAACCCUCCCAGAGUCUCAUUUGAAGCGGAUGAAGGAUCCUUAUGGACUCUGCUGCUCACCAACCUAGGUGAGUAAAGGUUUCCUCGCCCUAGGAAUGGCCCAGAUUUUAUUUUUCUGAGAGGCUACUAGUUAAUGUGCAGGUUCUGCAGUAACAGCAGAAAUCCUGGUUGCAAAAGAUUAUGAAGGAGUUGCCAGUGGUAUGGUAAAAAAUUAAAGGUGCUGAGUGAUCUGGAGCUUUUAAAGCUUGGCCAAGCUAGGACAAAGGAAAAGAAUCAUUUGUGCAACCAGAAAGAGCACAACAAAGAAGCAUUACAUAACUGUACAUGAAUAAUGAUAAUUUAAUUGAGAUUAUGUUUAUGUUAUACACACAGAUGGGCACCUGCGUGAUGCCGAUUCAGAGUAUCUCCACUGGCUGGUGUGAGUAUUGGCUACUAAUCCAUCUUUGCACUGGCAUCAGUUACCAACUUGGGUUACAUUUGGAGCUGAAUCUCAAUAUUCCACUACCGCUUUCAUGCAGACUUUCCUAGUCCAUGCAGCAACUGACAGUUGCAUGACUGCAGAGGUCCAUGGCAUACCAGAUUCUCUACCUUCAAAGAUCCUUCUUCUCCCAAUGACUUUUCUACUGUGAAGUUCCUGCACACCUACCAUGGGUUGCGGAGGUUUCUGUGACAUGUCCUAGGAUGCAGAAACUCUUCUUGUAGAGCCCUAAUGAGACUGUGCAUCCCUUCUGCAAACUGAAAGCACACGUUGGAAUACUCCUCUCACUAUGGCAGUACACUGUAUGAGUAGGUUGAUAGCAGGAGGCCAGCCAACAUUCAACAUUACUGUUUUUUUCUCAUCAAGAUGCCCCAGGCUUCCAUGGAGCAUGGUUUGAGGAUCACUGAGCUGGAGCCUUGCUUUUAUAUAUUAAGCCACUUUCCGCCCCUUUUGCUUGUACUGUGGUAGCCUUAGAGAAUGUGAUUUAGAAUGAGGGCAAGUCUUUACCUCUUCAGAUGUGUAAUGGCCAUUUGAACUCCAAAUAUCAUACAGACAAAAUCACUCUUGACAAUCAUAUUUUAACUCAACAGGACAAACAUUCCAGGAAACAAAAUGGAGAUGGGCAAGGAGAUUUGCCAUUACUUCCCCGCAUUCCCCGCUAGAGGAACUGGAUACCAUCGCUUCGUCUUCCUUCUCUUCAAGCAGCUCCAUCCCAUUGAUUUCACUGAAGAUGAGCGGCCUGUGCCAUGGUAACUCUUCCCAUUUUGCAUAACUAUGGUGGAAUCAUUGGGUGCUUCCAACUUCCGGCUUCUUUUGCGAAAGGAGCCACAGGCUUAUUUCUGAAGGUGGAAUUGUGAACUAUCCAGUAUUCUCUGAAACUUAAAAAUUAGGUCAAAUAAUAGUACAGCCAGAAUGUAAGGCACAGCUCAAGUUGAAAAGGGUGGGGAUGGGGACACUUAAGUAAAAAAGAUGUGUCCAGGAAUAGAUUUUAAGAGUUGGAAACCCACUGAAACCUCACCUAUUGUAAACAAUUGGGCUUGAAGUCAAGAGCAGCAAUUGCUCUUGCAUGAGUUUGUUACUUCUGUGUGAUAGUCUGCCUUCCAAACCAUUGCUUGCCAUCCAAGUAAACAUCACACAAAUAAUUUUUCUUGCUUUUCUCCCAAGAAGCAGGCAUCUUUUAAUUUUGUGACUGCAGCUAAUUUCCCCUUAUUUUUCUGGAAAGAAAAGGAGCAUGGAAAACUAAUUGCUAGAGAUAAUGGAAGGAACAAGAAACACAGCUAGCCAACAUCCCCUUCCCUCUAACAAGAAACGGUGUAACCAUGGGUGAAUUUGAUGCAACUCCCUCCUUCCAGGGAAUAUCUCCUACAUUUAUAUUAGAAGUUUAAACUAGUUCUGAACUGCUUUCUCACCCAAGGAAUCUAAAAAAAUAGGCAUUUUUCGAGGCUGGCGGUGUGGGGAAUGAAAACCCCCUAAGCCAUUCAGACUUACCAUUUCAGUGGUUUCUUUGGUGGAGCAAUUGCUACCUGAUGGAUAGGGAAUAUUAUCUACCCUUCUAUGUUUUACUCUACUGAAGGAAACUGAUGGCGGCUUGAACAGGGUAGUGAAGGUAGCUAGAAAUAACAGCAGAAGGGUUCCAUUGCAUCUCUGUCCUCUCAUCUUUUCAGCCACAGUCUCCAGAUGAGAACGUUCAAGACGUUCGACUUCUACAAGAAGCAUCAGAGUGACAUGACACCUGCAGGACUGGCAUUUUUCCAAUGCCAGUGGGAUGAUUCAGUUACACGGGUCUUUCACCACCUUCUCGGUAAGUAAUGGACCGUACAUAUAAUUUACGGUAGUACUAAAAAAAAUUUAGUAAUAAUACUUUUUUUAGUAAUAAAAAAAUUGUGACUGGAGUACAUGUCCAGUAAUUAUGCAAGACCAAAAUAUUUCUGAAUGCGUGCUAAAUUUAAAACUUGGAAAAAUUGGGGAAGAAUGCAAUAAAACUUGAUAAAAGUAUACAGAAUUGGGAACCUUUUUGUCCCACCCACUGUGUCCCAAGUUCCCAGCCAGAGAAGGGAGGGACUUGUUCUGAACUGCUUGGAGAGGUGAUUAUUUGGAUAGGGACUUCAGGAUCCUUGUGGAGCAAUGAGGUUUUGGAAGCUGCUUACCACAAAGCCCAGUUCAUACAGCAAGUAUUGAAAUAGCAUGUUGGGAAGUACCUAGAGUACUUCAUUUAAAGCUGCCUGGGACAGGGGAGCUUGCAGACCCAUAACAGUUUGAAGCCAGCAAAGCAUCAGUAUUUGGACAGCUGGAUUGGAGCUAUGUGGUGGGCUGGAUUUCAAUGUAGCAGGAAGGGCAACUGCAUUCUUGUACAGGUUUCCGCAGCAGAAAAACUAGAAAUCAUUAGGGCCAGAGCACAAGGAAAUCAUGUGCUGUUAGUGGGCCAAAAGUCACCGUUUUCCAUUGCAGAUCAUCGGUGUCUUUGAGCCAGAGGAUGCUUCAGGUUGGUGCUUGUGGAAUUUGUAGAUGUUAGGAUGUGCUAACUUCCAAUCUGUCCCUUGCAGACAUGAAGGAGCCUGUGUUUGAUUUUGUGCGUCCCCCUAAAUAUCAUCCACCGCAGAAGUUGUUUCCACACCUCCAGCCUCUGAGGUACCUGGACAGAUACAGGGACAGUGAUGAGCCUACCUAUGGCAUUUAUUGAAAUGUCUUGAUACUCCGCUUGCCAACGGGACCCUGGACUGAGUAGCCAUGGUGCAACAAAGAACCCUCCCAAGCAGUUCAUAUCUCUGAUCGGAAAAUGGAAAUAUAAGAGGCAGCUGGAUUUGAUUUGAAUCAUCACUUUUAUUCACUUGGAAGAGAGCGGUGCAGCUUGCAUCUAUCUUCUCUAUAUCUUGGAGACUCUGUCCUUGCGAUGAAGAAGCAGGCAAGCUGUGUCCAGAGGUCCAGGGCUAUUCAGAAGCUGAGUUUCUGCUUCACUUUCUCAGGAGCCAGAUGCCGUCCAUCAAGUGUUCUGAGCAAAACAGUUUUCUUUCUCUCUCAUCAACUGCUGGGCCAUUUCAGCAAAAUAGCCUCACCUGAAUGGGAUCAGAUAAUGCAUGAAAUAUAGCAAAGCAUUGAGUUGUUACUGAAACGCUGGGCCGUGUGCUGUCUUUAAAGUAUGAACAAACAUUCUUUUAAAUUCCUGCUGAAAAAUACUUGUAUUUGGGGAGAAGCAGAUGGGAGCAGUCAGUCUCUUGGAACUAUCUAAUAUAUCACCUGCUUCAAUAACUUCAAGCAGCCUCUCCCAACCUAGUGCCCUCUGGAUGUUUUGAAUACAACUUCCAUCAGCUCCAUCCAGCACAGUUAUGCUGGGGCUGGAGUUGCUGGAAGUUACAGUCCAAAACAUCAGGAGGCCAUCAGUUGGAGGAGGUUAUUUCUAAGGUCAAGCAGGCAUCAUACCUUUUAUGUUUCUGAAGGGCAUCAGUGUUGUGACACCUUAAGGGAUGAAACCUUUGGUUGGUGGCAUGAAUCUUUCAUAAGCAAUGCCUGCUUUGUGCAAUGCAUGAAACAGGCUGUGGAGCUAGUUGAUAUAUGUUUAUAUGGUUUAAAUGAUUUGUCAGAAUUAAACCAAAUGAAAUGAAUACCAAGAUGUGUGUGUUCCUUGCUUUGCCAUUAAAAUUAUUUCUUUUCCCCCCCUUCAUUUGGAUACUUUGAGACAUACUGGUAAAUCGUUUGAAGAGCCUAUUUUGCAUAGGUGAUUUUUUUACCUUCUGGGAAACACAGGAUCAUCUCAUUUCCUCAUUUUUCUUUCCAUAUACAACAUGAACCCUUUUAUUUCUGCAUGGAUGACUGCUUACCUUUGUGUAUAUUUGCAAGUCUGAUAAGGUUUGGAUUAACCAGUGUGUGCUUAUGUUCCUCAUUCCAAAAUAUUGUCCUGCAGAACAGUUCCAUAGCAUUUUGAUAGCAAGCCCACAGUUGAGGAGUACCCUAUCUUUUAAAAAACAUUUACAGUGGUACCUCGGGUUAAGUACUUAAUUCAUUCCGGAGGUCCGUACUUAACCUGAAACUGUUCUUAACCAGAAGCACCACUUUAGCUAAUGGGGCCUCCUGCUGCUGCUGCGCCACCGGAGCACAAUUUCUGUUCUCAUCCUGAAGCAAAGUUCUUAACCUGAAGCACUAUUUCUGGGUUAGCGGAGUCUGUAACCUGAAGCGUAUGUAAACUGAAGCGUAUGUAACCCGAGGUACCACUGCACUACACAAGUUAUUCGUCUGCAGGUUAUAAAUAGCAACACGAAAGAAGAGAAAUACAGGGCUGCAUGCUUGUUUUUAAAGAAGAGAAUUUGGAAAUCUGGGAAAGCAGAGUUUAGAGAGAUUGUAAACAGUUGAGUCCCCUAUUUUAUUUAGUGAUAUUUAACGCUCAUAAAUGUAUAUUGAGAUGGGGUGGACAAUGCGGUAGACAGGUCUAUAGGCAAAAUAAAAUUAUUUAGGGUGAAAAAAAAUCCCAAAGUGUCUUGUGAAGAAUGGGAAAUAAAUUACUCUCUCCAUAUGGCUUUUGGCAACAGCCUACCUAAGAAAUUCAGUGUAAGUAUGUGUGGAAAAAAGCAAGCUUUGGAUCAUAAUGGAAAACUUACUGAAAGUGUCAGCUCUCAAGAGCCUCUGCCAGGAAAUUCAGUUGCAGGAAUCAGGGUGGGGUUGGGAUAAAACAUGUACUGUAUCAUAUAUACAGUCCUGCGUUUUGGCAUAAAGUCUGGCUGUUUUCCUUCUACCUGUUUCCCGCCUAGCCUUUGGCUUGGAGCCAAUUUGAUUCCCUCCCUCUCUUUCUUUUUAUUUGCCUUCUCCUCCUGUGAGGAGGCUACAUUUUAAUAUUUUAAUGUUUCAAUAUUUUAAUGUUGUAUUUUAAUUUUGUUUUUAAGUUGUAAUCAUUCAACUUGUUUUAUUAUUGCUUGUAAGCGGCUCUGAGUCCAGCCUUGGCUGGGGAGGGCGGGGUAUAAAUAAAAAUUAUUAUUAU